AUGGCUGAGGAAUAUACAGCAGGUCGUACUUUCCCAUCGUUGCCACGAACGGUUCGGGGACAGCCGGUUGUUUUGGGGGCUAGUGCCAAAGGAGACGAGCUGAUUUACUGCGCGGGAAAUUCGGUGUUUACUGUUCGAAUUGCGGAUAACGUAUGCACUGAUGUGUACACCGAGCAUUCGCACCAAACAACAGUUUGUAAACAAGCUCCAUCCGGUUUCUACAAUGCUUCCUGUGAUAGCGUCGGAAAUGUUCGUUUAUGGGAUACGACACAGAAAACGCAUAUAUUGAAAAAUCAAUUUCAAAUGAUUGCUGGACCCAUUCGUGAUCUCUGCUGGUCCGAUGAUUCGAAAAGACUGGCGGUUGUUGGCGAAGGACGAGAACGUUUUGGGCACGCUAUUUUGUUCGACACUGGAACUUCUAAUGGAGAUCUUUCCGGACAAUCCCGACCCGUCUCUUCAAUUGAUAUUCGACCUGUUCGACCAUAUAGAUUGAUUACUGGCUCUGAGGAUAACACUGUUGCGAUUUUUGAAGGGCCUCCAUUUAAGUUUAAGACGCUUUUCAACGAUAUUCACACAAGAUUUGUUUGGGUGACUAGAUAUGCUCCGGAUGGUCAACUGUUUGCCUCUGCUGGAGCUGAUGGGAAGGUUGUCCUUUUUGAGGGGACCAAUGGCGAGAAAAAGGGAGAGCUUGUAGAUGAGAAAUGCAAGGGAGCCGCGCACGGAGGUAGUGCUUUUGGAUUAGCUUGGAGCCCAUGUGGACAGAAAAUUGCAACUGCUUCUGGAGACAAGACCGUAAAAAUUUGGAAUGUACCGGAGCAAAAGCUUGAGCACGUGGUUAAUUUUGGAAACACUGUCGAAGAUCAACAAUUAUCCGUUCUCUGGACCAAGACCGGAUUGUUGUCAGUAAAUCUUGCCGGCUUUGUGCACUCCAUCGAUGGAGCUUCAGGCAACAUAACCCGCGUAAUUUAUGGACAUAACAAGCCAAUCACGAAUAUUAGCUUGAGUUCCGAUAAAGGGGCUUUCUUCACCUCUGAUUCCGAGGGUCACAUAACAAGAUGGAUUCUCAGCUCGGGUGAAUCGAAACGUAUCACACCCCAAAUUCACAAAACCCAAGUAAGCGGAAUGGCUAUUGGCUCAAAUGGCACGUUGGUGACGGUUGGGUUCGAUGAUACAAUCAACUUCUCAAUUUUGGCUGAUGAUGCUCAAGCACGUGCACAUGCUGUUAAACUGCCAUCACAACCACUUGGAGUUGCGGUCAGCAAAGAUGGCACUCUGGCGGUGGUUGCUUGUAACAAGAAAGUAGUCGCGUUCAAAAAUGGAAACCAGUUGUGCGACAUAUCUACCAAUUAUGUCGGCACAUGCAUCGCGGUGGCUGAAGGAAAAGGGCUUGUCGCUGUUGGUGGGGACGAUAGCAAGGUUCACAUUUACUCUCUUUCAUCUACUUUCAAUGCAUUGAAAGAACUGGCGCACACCGGAGCGAUUACAGCAGUUUCUUUCUCGAAUGAUGAGGAGCAUUUGGCCGCUACUGAUUCAAAUCGAAAAGUUGUUCCUUAUUCGGUGGCCAAGGACUUUGCAUCGGUUAACGCAAAAGAGUGGACAUUCCACACAGCAAGAGCCAAUUGUGUAGCUUGGUCUCCUUCUGGACGACGAGUGGCGACUGGUGGUAUCGAUACAAAUGUGAUUGUUUGGGACCUCGAAAACAGUGGAGAACAUCCAAUUAUUAUUCGAGCUGCGCACCCGAUGUCCCCAGUGAAUGGUGUUGUUUGGGCCUCCGAAUCACUACUUCUCUCGAUUGGCCAAGACGCGAAUAUCAAAGAAUGGAAUCUCAAUUUGCAA